AUGUCAAACGCUGCCAUGCCCCGGAAGAUGUUAGAGAAGGAAUUUAAUAUCCGUUUUGUGUCUUCCUCACCGUAUACAUCCCCCAUGGAGCUUAUAAAAGCUGUUCAAAACUCUAUUAGUGACACAGCGAAUACUGGUGUAAUAAUAUGGGACUGCAAGUAUGAUGAGGAAGUCAUGCUAAUGCCUUAUAAUUUAUUUGUAGCUGGCAACAAUCCAAUGCAACCUGAGGAAUGCAGCCAUGCUGGCCUCAAAUGUAACUAUUUUUGCCAGACCUGCAAAGUUGGAGGGACACAAGUGGAAAAGAAGUCUGACCAAGGCAAUCAGAAAAUUGGUGUGUCAACAAAGAUGGGCUUAAGGUCCCAAUUCUAG